AUGGAUACUGUUCAUCUAACAAAUAAAGAUUUUCACACCAUUUUCACAAACAAAAGGAGAUAUGACAAUCCUACAGGUGGGAUUUAUCAGAUUUUGCAUACUAAGAAGAAAGAUGACACUGUUGCUCCCAAGAAGUUCUUAGUGAUGCUGUCCGACGGUGAGUUUAAGAUGAAGGCAUUAAUUAGAGAUGAUGCUGCUAGCAACUUCUUGAAACUGAAUCUGCAGAGAGGUGACGUGAUCCGUGUGACUAGUGCAGAAGCAGCGAUUGUCAAGGAAAGAAAGAAGUAUGUUUUGAUAAUCGAUGAUUUUGAUACUGUUAAAAUGGGUGUUGAAAUUAUCAAUGACAGAAGCGAAUUUGUAGAUAGUUAUUUGGCGGCCCAUCCAGGGGAAGAUCUUGAUGAAACUGCUACCCCCGAUCAAGCGCAAUAUGCACAGCCAGCAUCAAGACAGCAGGAACCUCCACAUAUGCCAACCAAAAAUCAGCAGCAAUACCAAGGAAUGAACUCAUCUGAAAAGACGAGGCCUAUAUUCGCCAUCGAACAAUUAUCUCCGUAUCAAAACGUUUGGACAAUUAAAGCAAGAGUUUCUUUCAAAGGUGAUAUCAAGACCUGGCACAAUCAGAGGGGUGAUGGUAAAUUGCUGAACGUCAAUUUCUUGGAUACAUCCGGUGAAAUCAGGGCUACAGCUUUCAACGAUAUGGCUGAUAAGCUAAAUGAAAAGCUUCAGGAAGGUAAAGUAUAUUAUGUGUCCAAAGCAAGGCUACAACCCGCUAAACCACAGUUUUCUAAUCUAUCCCAUCCUUACGAGUUAAGUAUGGACAGGGAAACGGUAAUAGAAGAAUGUUACGACGAAAGCAAUGUUCCAAAGACUCAUUUCAACUUUAUAAAGCUAAAUGCAAUUCAGAAUCAGGAAGUUAAUUGUUCGGUGGAUGUUUUAGGAAUUGUUCAAACCGUUAAUCCUCAUUUUGAGCUUACCUCCAAAGCAGGUAAAAAAUUUGAUCGUCGUGAUAUCUCUAUUAUAGAUGAUUCCGGAUACUCAAUUUCAGUUGGUCUUUGGAAUCAACAGGCUUUAGAGUUCAACUUACCUGAAGGUUCUGUAGUGGCGUUCAAAGGUGUACGUGUUACAGAUUUUGGCGGCAAAUCACUUUCAAUGGGAUUUACUAGUACUAUGGUUCCAAAUCCUGAAAUUCCAGAAGGCUAUUCCUUGAAGGGUUGGUAUGAUACUACUGGGCGUCACGAGAAUUUUGCCUCCUUGAAGCAAGAUCCAGGUGCAAGUGCAUCUACAUCAAAUUUAAUGAAAUUUAUCUCUCAGCGUAUAACCAUUGCUACAGCUCAAGAGCAAAACUUGGGUAGAAAUGAUAAGGGCGAUUUUUUCAGUGUCAAGGCAGCUGUGAGUUUCCUUAAAGUUGACAAUUUUGCGUAUCCUGCCUGUACUAACGAAAACUGCAACAAGAAGGUCAUAGAACAGUCAGAUGGUACAUGGAGAUGUGAAAAAUGUGAUACCAAUAAUGAAUCUGUGGAUUGGAGGUACAUGCUAACUAUUUCUGUUAUAGAUGAAUCAGGUCACAUGUGGCUAACAUUGUUUAACGACCAAGCAAAGGAACUAAUUGGUGUCGAUGCGGCGACAUUAGUAAAUUUGAAAAAUGAUGACUCUGAUGAAUUUACGAAAAUCACCCAAAGUAUACAAAUGAACCAGUACGACUUUAGAGUAAGAGCUCGUGAGGACUCUUAUAACGACCAGACAAGAAUAAGAUACACGGUCGCGAACUUACAUAAACUCAACUACAAAGCAGAAGCUGAUUUUCUAGCGGGUGAACUGAGGGAAGUUUUUCUGGCUUAA